AUGGAGGUGGAGGAGGAGGAAAGACGCUCUCCACGCGAUCAUGUGGAUCGGUGUGUUCCCGAGAGCUUCUUUGAUCGCGUAACGCAAGGGUUACGCGACGAUCUCGAACAUGAGCGGAAUAGGCGUCUCCAGAUGGCGGACACUGCCUCGAAGCAUCGAGCUGAGUUUGCCUUUGCUCAGCUCGAGAACGAGAGAUCUCUGACAUCUCUUCGUGACGAGCUAAGGGUAGCUCGUGGGAUUGUUGAUCGGUCUCGGGAUGAGAUAGCUGCUCUUUAG